AUGGAACUGUCGAGAGUGUUGUACAUUUGGAGUGUGUUGUCGAUUGUUUUGUUUGAAUGUGUUUCGCGAGGGUCGAGCCAAGACAGCGCCUUUGAACUGCCAGUCCAACUCGUCGGGUUCCCAUUCAUCAUCAUGGCCGUUAGGGUGACCAAUUUCAUCAAGAAACUAUCUUAUGCUUUGACUCCAGCGACAUACCGUGCUCGUAACCGUCGUGAGCUAACCCUCGAGCAAUCCGUCGAGCCUUUUGACGCGCAGGAGGUGGAGAAGUACAUCGUGGGCGAGUUCGGCGCGCGCGCUUGCGUUUUCGAGCGCGUCUGCGCACACUACGCUGCCAGAGCGCAGACGCACCCCCGCCCGCAGCUCGACUGGCCUGAUGUCUUCAGCCAGUACAAGCGGUCACCGGACCAGGCGAAAGAGUACUACCUCCUGAGUGUGUUCCUGGGAGACAUCGUCGGCUCCCCCCAACUCUGUCACCACUUGGGCAAGCGGAGGAGUUGUGACGCUAUGCUGCUUGGCGGCGCAUAAUCUCCUGGUAUAAAGACCGGCAAUUCUGGUCUAAGGAAGAGCCAGUUCAGCUGGAAAACAAGAUAGGAUGAAACAUUUUUUUUUCUAGCGUUAGUGUAGUGUAUAAAAACAAUCAAAAAGUUAGUUCACUAUAGUGCUGUGUAAAGGCUUUGUUUACUACUACGCCACCUGGACCAAAGUAUUUCUCACAAUUAAUUUAAAUUUUUGUUCGUUGGAAUUUCUUCCCUUUUCCAGUUACUUGGAAUAAUAAUUUAUUAGAGAUGUGCAGACUAGUCACCGACUAUUUAUAAAUAGUUUCUUUCAAAGUAGUCGCUGGACAGUCGGUUAGUCGGCCAAAACCGUAGUCGGCAUAUCUCUAGUAUUCAUUCUUUUGCUCUAGAACAUUAUAUCUGGGUGUCAAAUUGUCCACAGUGGGUCACAGUAGACUAACAUUAUAACUAAUUAACUUCUGCAAUUACUGUUUCGGGUGUUUUUGGGCGCCAUUUUCACCCCUAUUCUCGCCAUGUGCGUGAUUUGGUGGCCUAUUAAGUCGUUAUUAGCUCAUUAGGGCACCCCGCCAAAUAAUAAUUUGGUGCUUGGUACUUUGGUACUGAAAGAUAGAUUAUAUUUUCCUUAUUUGAAGAAUAAUAUAUACCUAUAGGCUCAUUAUUUUCAAGUUUAUUCCUACUCCUUUUAAGAGUCUCUACAUAAAAUUGUAUGACGAAUAAUAAUUAGUUAUAUAAAUUAUGAUUAUCGUAUGUUACCUCCGAGUCACAAAAAUGCAGUACCUAUUAAUUUAAAUGAUAGAAAUAUACUUCUUUAACAGGAUAAGCUUCUCUUUUUAAAUUUCUGGUGUGGGUAUAUACAUAUAGUAAACUAUUUAGCUGGUGGGGUUUGAGGGAAAUUCCUCUGAAAGUACGAACCUUGGUCAAAGAAGGUCCGGAUAAAAGGUUUUACUUUAAAGGUAACAACUUAUGAUUA